AUCACACUCCUCCACUCUCACUCCUUAGGGUUUCAAUCCAAUUCUCCGAUAUUGACUUCCCCAAAUUCCAAGGGCGGCCGCGGCAAGCCUAAGGCCACCAAAGCCGUCUCCCGCUCCUCCAAAGCCGGCCUCCAGUUCCCCGUCGGCCGUAUCGCUCGCUUCCUCAAAUCCGGCAAGUACGCCGAGCGCGUCGGCGCCGGCGCUCCCGUCUACCUCUCCGCCGUCCUCGAGUAUCUCGCCGCCGAGGUGCUUGAGCUCGCCGGAAAUGCGGCAAGGGACAACAAGAAGAAUCGGAUCGUUCCGAGGCACAUUCAGCUGGCGGUUCGGAACGAUGAGGAGUUGAGCAAGCUUUUGGGGGCUGUUACUAUUGCUAAUGGUGGAGUUUUGCCUAAUAUUCAUCAGAAUCUGCUGCCCAAGAAGACUGGCAAGGGCAAGGGUGACAUUGGAUCCGCGUCGCAGGAGUUUUAGGGUUCUUGACUUAUUUGGUUGUAUACAUAAAAUUGGGGAAUUCUUGGUGAAAUAUAAAUAUGGAUGGAUUUUGAUGAAUGAUUCAUGUUUGUCGA